CGAUGUCAGCCGCUUACGCAGGACGAAAGACGGGGAAGCCGGGCGCGGCGACGGGCGCGGCGGCCAAGAACAAGAAGUUCGAGCUGACGGAGGAACAGAAGCAAGAGAUCCGAGAAGCAUUCGAUCUGUUCGACACGGAUGGGAGCGGAACCAUUGACGCGAAGGAACUGAAGGUCGCGAUGCGCGCGUUGGGGUUUGAACCCAAGAAGGAAGAGAUCAAGAAGAUGAUUUCGGACAUUGACAAGGACGGCAGCGGUACCAUUGACUUUACCGAGUUCUUGGAGAUGAUGACGUCCAAGAUGAGCGAGAAGGAUUCGCGGGAAGAGAUCCUCAAGGCGUUCCGGCUCUUUGAUGACGACGAGACGGGCAAGAUCAGCUUCCGGAAUCUCAAGCGCGUGGCCAAGGAGCUGGGGGAGAACAUGACGGACGAGGAGCUGCAGGAGAUGAUCGACGAGGCGGACCGCGACGGCGACGGCGAAAUCAACGAGGAAGAAUUUUUGCGCAUCAUGAAAAAGACCAGCUUGUAUUAAAAAUAUCCAAACCACCAUCAUCAUCA